AUUGUUGAGUUUUUUUUUUUUUGCCCUUACCCUCUCCGUUUUUUUAAUUUCCUUUUUGAAGGUGGGAAAACUGUGAAACCCACCUUGAUUUCCUCCCCUCUCCCCCUCCCCACCUUCCCUCGCCCUAACCCCCCGACAAGGAAAGAAGAAGCUGUUGGUUCAAUCUCUGGUAAUCUAUGCCAGCAAUUAUGACAAUGUUAGCAGACCAUGCAGCGCGUCAGCUGCUUGAUUUCAGCCAAAAACUGGAUAUCAACCUUUUAGACAAUGUGGUGAAUUGCUUAUACCAUGGAGAAGGAGCCCAGCAAAGAAUGGCUCAAGAAGUGUUGACACACUUAAAGGAGCACCCUGAUGCGUGGACAAGAGUUGACACAAUUUUGGAAUUUUCACAGAAUAUGAACACGAAAUAUUAUGGACUACAAAUUUUGGAAAAUGUGAUAAAAACAAGGUGGAAGAUUCUUCCGAGGAACCAAUGUGAAGGGAUUAAAAAAUACGUUGUUGGCCUCAUCAUCAAGACGUCAUCUGACCCAACAUGUGUAGAGAAGGAAAAGGUGUAUAUCGGAAAGUUAAAUAUGAUUCUUGUUCAGAUACUGAAACAAGAAUGGCCUAAACACUGGCCAACAUUUAUUAGUGACAUUGUUGGAGCAAGUAGAACCAGUGAAAGUCUCUGUCAGAAUAAUAUGGUGAUUCUCAAACUCUUGAGUGAAGAAGUAUUUGAUUUCUCUAGUGGACAGAUAACUCAAGUUAAAGCUAAGCAUUUAAAAGACAGCAUGUGCAAUGAGUUCUCACAGAUUUUUCAGCUGUGUCAGUUUGUAAUGGAAAAUUCCCAAAAUGCUCCACUUGUACAUGCAACUUUGGAAACAUUGCUCAGAUUUCUAAACUGGAUUCCACUGGGCUAUAUUUUUGAGACCAAGUUAAUCAGUACAUUAAUUUAUAAGUUCCUAAAUGUUCCCAUGUUUCGAAAUGUCUCUCUGAAGUGCCUCACUGAGAUUGCUGGUGUGAGUGUAAGCCAAUAUGAGGAACAAUUUGUGACACUAUUUACACUGACAAUGAUGCAGUUAAAACAGAUGCUUCCUUUAAAUACUAAUAUUCGACUUGCAUACUCAAAUGGAAAAGAUGAUGAACAAAACUUCAUUCAAAAUCUCAGUUUGUUUCUCUGCACCUUUCUUAAGGAACAUGGUCAACUUAUAGAAAAAAGAUUAAAUCUCAGGGAGACACUCAUGGAGGCACUUCAUUAUAUGUUGUUGGUGUCAGAAGUGGAGGAAACUGAAAUCUUUAAGAUUUGUCUUGAGUACUGGAAUCAUUUGGCAGCUGAACUCUAUAGAGAAAGCCCAUUCUCUACAUCUGCUUCUCCAUUGCUCUCUGGAAGUCAGCAUUUUGAUGUUCCUCCUAGGAGACAGCUGUAUUUGCCUGUGCUAUCCAAGGUUCGUUUAUUGAUGGUUAGUCGUAUGGCUAAACCGGAGGAAGUAUUGGUGGUUGAAAAUGAUCAGGGAGAAGUUGUAAGGGAAUUCAUGAAGGAUACUGAUUCCAUAAAUUUAUAUAAGAAUAUGAGAGAAACAUUAGUUUAUCUUACUCACCUGGAUUAUGUAGAUACAGAAAGAAUAAUGACUGAGAAGCUUCACAAUCAAGUGAAUGGUACUGAGUGGUCUUGGAAAAAUUUGAAUACAUUGUGUUGGGCAAUCGGCUCCAUUAGUGGAGCAAUGCAUGAAGAGGAUGAAAAACGAUUUCUUGUUACUGUUAUAAAGGAUCUGUUAGGAUUAUGUGAACAGAAAAGAGGCAAAGAUAAUAAAGCCAUUAUUGCAUCAAAUAUCAUGUAUAUAGUAGGUCAAUAUCCAAGAUUUUUAAGAGCCCAUUGGAAAUUUUUGAAGACUGUAGUUAACAAGCUUUUUGAAUUCAUGCAUGAGACCCAUGAUGGUGUCCAGGACAUGGCAUGUGAUACUUUCAUUAAAAUAGCUCAAAAAUGCCGCAGGCAUUUCGUUCAAGUUCAGGUUGGAGAAGUAAUGCCGUUUAUUGAUGAAAUUUUAAACAACAUUAAUACUAUAAUUUGUGAUCUUCAACCUCAGCAGGUUCAUACGUUUUAUGAAGCUGUGGGCUACAUGAUUGGUGCACAAACCGACCAGACAGUACAAGAACAUUUGAUAGAAAAAUAUAUGCUACUCCCUAAUCAAGUUUGGGAUAGCAUAAUCCAACAAGCAACGAAAAAUGUGGAUAUACUUAAAGAUCCCGAAACAGUCAAGCAGCUUGGUAGCAUAUUAAAAACAAAUGUGAGGGCCUGCAAAGCUGUUGGACACCCCUUUGUAAUUCAGCUUGGAAGAAUUUAUUUAGAUAUGCUUAAUGUGUACAAGUGCCUCAGUGAAAAUAUUUCUGCAGCUAUCCAAGCUAAUGGUGAGAUGGUUACAAAACAACCACUGAUUAGAAGUAUGAGAACAGUUAAAAGGGAAACUUUAAAAUUAAUAUCUGGUUGGGUUAGCCGGUCCAAUGAUCCACAGAUGGUAGCUGAAAAUUUUGUUCCUCCUCUGUUGGAUGCAGUUCUCAUUGAUUAUCAGAGAAAUGUCCCAGCUGCUAGAGAACCAGAAGUGCUUAGUACUAUGGCUAUUAUUGUCAACAAGUUAGGAGGACACAUAACAGCUGAAAUACCUCAGAUAUUUGAUGCUGUUUUUGAGUGCACGUUGAAUAUGAUCAAUAAGGACUUUGAAGAAUAUCCAGAACACAGAACGAACUUUUUCUUGCUGCUUCAGGCUGUCAAUUCUCAUUGUUUCCCAGCAUUUCUGGCUAUUCCACCUGCACAGUUUAAACUUGUCUUGGAUUCCAUUAUUUGGGCUUUCAAACAUACUAUGAGGAACGUUGCAGACACAGGCUUACAGAUACUUUUUACACUCUUACAAAAUGUUGCACAAGAAGAAGCUGCCGCUCAGAGUUUUUAUCAGACUUACUUUUGUGAUAUUCUUCAACAUAUCUUUUCUGUUGUGACGGACACCUCACAUACUGCUGGUUUAACAAUGCAUGCAUCAAUACUUGCAUAUAUGUUUAAUUUGGUUGAAGAAGGAAAAAUAAGUACACCACUAAAUCCUGGAAAUCCAGUUAACAACCAAAUGUUUAUUCAGGAAUAUGUGGCUAAUCUCCUUAAGUCUGCAUUCCCUCAUCUACAAGAUGCUCAAGUAAAACUCUUUGUGACAGGACUUUUCAGCUUAAAUCAGGAUAUUCCUGCUUUUAAGGAACAUCUUAGGGAUUUUCUAGUACAAAUAAAGGAGUUUGCAGGUGAAGAUACAUCUGAUCUGUUUUUGGAAGAAAGAGAAACAGCCCUUCGACAGGCUCAGGAAGAGAAACACAAACUUCAGAUGUCUGUUCCUGGCAUCCUUAAUCCACAUGAAAUUCCAGAAGAAAUGUGUGAUUAAAAUAAGAAGUCAUGAUGGGUUUUUUUUGUUGGGUUUUUUUUUUUUUUUUCCUCCCCCCUUCCUCCUCUGCAACUCUUGUUAGCAGAAGAAAACUGCAUCUGGAUAUUUGUCGACCAAAAUGAUGCCAAUUUGUAAAUUAAAAUGUCACCUAGUG